AUGUCUUUCGGCUUUGGAGGAGGAGGAACCGGCUUUGGGCAGCAGAACAACCAGAGCUCCGGCUUCGGUACCGGCUCUGGAUUCGGAGCCAACACACAAAAUCAGAGCGGCUCUCUCUUCGGCGGAACUCAAAAUCGCGCUGCGGGAUUCGGAACCAGCAAUACCCCUGGCGGAAGUCUCUUCGGAAGCACUACCCCAAACACUGCUGGACCCUCUGCGUUCGGUAGUGGUGGUGGAUUUGGAUCUUCAGCUGGCGCCACCGCUGGUGGCUUUGGCAGCAGUGCCAACACUGGUGGUGGCCUGUUCGGCAGCAAACCUGGCGGCGGUUUUGGCACCUCUAACACAGGUACUGGCGGCUUUGGCUCGACUGGUAGCGGCUUUGGAACUGGAGCAAGCGCUACCAACACUGCUUUCGGUGGCUCAGGCACUGCUUUCCAAGGCGCACCUCCUGCCUGCGAAGGCACCGGUGGCACUCCCUUCAACCCGUUCACUGAAAAGGAUGCCAACUCGACCGCGACCAACCACUACCAGAGCAUCAGUUUUAUGCAACCUUACAGCAAGUUUUCUUUUGAGGAACUAAGACUUGCCGAUUACCAGCAAGGACGUCGGUUCGGCAACGCAAGUGGUCAGGCUGGUGGCUUCGGUGCUCCUGCCUUCGGUUCAUCUACUGGUGGAUUCGGUGCUCAACAGGGCACUUCGGGCUUUGGCACGAGCUCCACUCCAUUCGGCGGCGGUGCUGCUGCUACGUCUGCUCCAACCGGCUUUGGCACUACUCCGACUGCUGGUGCCUUUGGGGGCAAUAAUGCCGCAACAAAUCCUCUGUUUGGUGGGAACAAGCCAGCGACGUCAAUGUUCGGAGGCGGAACCCAGAAUACCGGACAGACCUCCCUUUUCGGUGGCGGCAAUACAACCAACGCCGCUGGUGGAUUUGGUACCACCCCCAAUGCAACCGGCGGUGCGUUCGGCGCCAACACUGGUGGCUCGCUCUUCGGCAGCAAUCAGCAGCAGAACAAGCCGGGUUUCGGUACUGGAACUACCAAUACUGGUUUUGGUGGUGGAUUCGGUAACACUCAAACUACCACCGCUGCCAACCCCUUCGGCGGCACCCCUGCCACCGCUUCGCCUUUUGGUACUGGUCAGCAGCAACAGACCGGUGCAUCCGCUUUCGGCGGCGGCUUUGGGAACACCCAGAACCAGGCUCAAAACAAGCCCGCCGGUGGUUUGUUUGGUGGUAGCGGCACGAGUGCCUUCGGUACGAACAACCCACAGCAACAGACCGGCGGAGGCUUGUUUGGCAGCAACCCUCCUGCUGGUCAGGCGACCACUGGGUCUUCGCUCUUUGGUGGUCAACCCCAACAGCAACAGCAAGGCACGUCUUCAUUAUUUGGAGGCAACCAGGCCCAACAACCAGCAGCUGGCGGCGGCCUCUUUGGUAGCACACAGAACCAACAGCCAAAGCCCGCCGGUAGCUCGCUUUUCGGCGCUGGCAACACCGCCAACACCGGAAGCGCCUUUGGUAGCGGCUUUGGUAAUACCCAGACUCAGCAGACUGGAGGUGGCUUGUUCGCCGGCGCGCAGAAUCAACAGCAAAAGCCUGGUCUUUUCGGAGGAUCCGCUGGUGCCGUUGGCGGCGGUCUGUUUGGUGGUCAGAACACUGCUAACCAGACUGGGGGCUCCUCACUCUUCGGUGGCAAUCAGAGCCAGCAGCAACAGCCUGCCGGAAACAGCCUCUUCGGUGGCUCGCAGGGUACGCAACAGCAACAGCAGCAGCCCGUCCCCGGCAGCUUCCAGGCCUCGCUGCUUGAGGGAAACCCCUAUGGUAGCCAGUCAAUCUUCUCGGGCCUUCCGACCCCAAAUGUGUCUUCUCCCGGCCCCCUGGCUACGCCGCUGUCCUCCAGCAUGAAGCAAAAGCAGCGGACUCCCCUGCCUGUCUACAAGAUCACCCCCAAUGCCGCCAAUCGUCUCAUUACCCCACCCAAGCGCCAGGGCUACGGGUUCUCAUACUCAACCUACGGCUCGCCAUCCAGCACUACCAGCACCCCUGGUUCUGGCCUGAGUAACAGCCUUUUGGGUGCCGGCGCCGGCCCUGGCAGCCUCCGUGGCAGUGUCAGUGGCAGUCUGGGCCGCAGCUUCAGCAAGAGCUACUCCACCAGCAACUUGCGCAAGUCUUUCGUUCCUGAUGAGGAUAGUGUCUUGUCCCCUGGUGCUCUACAGCCUAGCAGUGCUCGCAGCAAUGGCGGUAGUCUCAAGCGCCUCACCAUUGACCGCAGCUUGCGGAAUGAUCUCUUUUCCCGCCCGGCUAGCACCUCGCCUGCUCCCAUCUCCAAUGGGGAUGAGUAUCAGUCAGUUGACAAGCUUAAGAAGAAGGUUAGCUUUGAUUCCACUCCCUCUGGUCCCGGUAGUGCCAUCGUCCGUGUUGAAGAGAAGAGCCCCGAGCCUACGCCUGAGGAGCUCGGCUUCCUUCGUUCAACCCGCAAGAGUGGCAGCCUCAAUGGCAUCGAUGGACCUGAGCGUCCUGAAACGGAAUCUGUCCGUCGCGAUCUGGCCGUUGUCCCCGAGAAUGACGAGGCCCCUAAUGGCUCUUCCAUCAAGCGCCUUACUUUUGUUCCCGGCACCGACCCCAAACCCGGCGACUACUGGAUGUCGCCCUCGCAUGCCGAACUUGCCAAGCUCAGUCGCGACCAGCUGAAACACGUCGUGGACUUCACUGUUGGCCGGCAGAACUGUGGAGAGGUCACUUUUAAUGGUCCCGUUGACCUUACUACCGUUGAUCUUGACAACAUCUUCGGUGGAAUUGUUGACAUUGGUGUUCGCAAGAUCACCGUCUACCCCGAGGAGAGCCUGAAGCCUCCUAUGGGCAAGGGCCUGAACGUGCCCUCUACCCUGCGCAUCCAGAACUCCUGGCCCCGCGGCCGCGACCGCAAGAACCCGUUGCCCAUUACCAGCGGUCCCCUGUUCGACAAGCACAUCGACCGUCUGCGCAAGGUGACCGACACCGAGUUCGUCACCUACGAAACCGAGACUGGCACUUGGGUCUUCAAGGUCCCUCACUUCACCACUUAUGGACUUGACUAUGAUGAGGAUGAAGGUGAGAGCGUUGAACAAAGCACCCUUGGUGCAGGCCCUGAUGACAACCGCACUCCUAAGGCUCAUCACGAACACCCCGCGAGCUUUGAGCAAUCUGCUGCCUUUUCCAUUGACGAAUCCUUCGUUGGCUCCAUGGCCGGUGUCGACGAUGAUACCUUCGACUUUAAGAAGCGCAAAAUCGUACCCGGCUCCUUCGGCAGCCGGGCUAUGGAAGCGGAAGAUGAGGAAAUGGGGUCUGAAGGCGAGGCUGAGUCUUUUUUAGAGGAAGGCUCCGCGGGUUCAACUAUUGAGCAUGACGAUGACGUCACUGAGAGCCAGCGAUCUGGCGACUCGAUAGUUGGAUCUGAUGAGGAUCAGGCAAUGGACAUGGCGGGUUCCUUUCCCAAUCUUCAUCACACCGUGGAGCAGGAUGACACCGACAGUGAUCUGGAUACCACCCACCCCAUCUCGAAGCCCUUAGGCACCCCUGGCAAGCCCCGUCUCGACCUAAGCGGCGACUGGGCUGAGCAGCUCCAGCGAACUAUCAGCCCCCGGAAGCAGAACCGGGAUGCACUUCGUGAGAUCCAGGCCAAUGCUUUCACCGACCGAUCUCUCCUACAUGACGUAUCCCCGAACGAGAAACCCACGACGUCUCCCCAGAAAGGUUUCUCGAACAGCAUCGACCUGAUGAAUUCUCUCUUCCAGCAGCAUCCGCGGAAGCAGAAUGCACCUUCACCGCUAAAGGCGCCCAAGUCGCAGCCCAAGGGCUUUGAGUGGCCCUACAACAAACAACCGAAGACGUUCGCCGGUGAUUCUGCGCAAAUGGACAAGACCGAUGCUGCCUUCCACGAUUCCUUCAAGCCUCGCUGGGGUCCUAUGGACUCUAUCGUUUGCGCCAAGAACAACAUGACCGAGCCUUUGUCUGAGAGCAGCCAGCGCUGGAAGGAGCGCUUCUCUGUUUUCAGCGAAGGGAGAGAUGUUGCCGUGUUGCGGUACAGCCAAACUAGUAUCUCCACAGAUAUGCUCGAUGUGCAAAAGCAUCAGUCCACCGUCCAGCGUGUUGACGGAACUCCUCUGGUCCGUUUGGCCAAGACUGACCUCCGUCAGUUUGCCCUUUCUCCCGCCAAGGAUGAAGAGCGAUUGGUGUGGCAGCUGGCCAACAUUCUGUUCAAUGAUGAUAUCGAGGACGACAUCUCUGCUGGAGUACCACCACAGCUGCGGCCAAAGUUUUCCCACCGAAUCAAGAAGGACCGGUUGACUCGCCUCUGGGAGUCUAUCAUCCGCGAACGACACGCCCACACCCUCGAUUCUAUUCGCUCUCCCGAAGAGCGUGCCAUCCACCUCCUCUGUUCUCACCGCGUCGAGGAAGCGUGCAAGACAUUGGUCGACAGCCAGAACUUGCACUUGGCCACUGUAGUCGCACAGAUUGGCCGCGAUGCUACCUCGCGGGCUGACAUUGCGAGUCAGAUCGACGUCUGGCGCCAGAACAAUGUUCUGUCCGAAAUGACCGAGUCUGUUCGGGCUCUCUAUGAGUUGGUCGCUGGCAAUGCUCUUCGCAGCGAGGGAAGGUCUGGCGGUGCGCUUGAGGACCGGGCCUCUAGCUUCGUUUUCACUGAGCGCUUCGAGCUUGAUUGGUUCCAGGCGUUCGGCCUUCGCCUCUGGUAUGGCAUUACUGAGGAUGCUCCGAUUGAGGAUGCUGUUUCCAAGUUCCUAGAUGACCUCGCUACCGGUUUUGAACCUGCUUUCCCUGCUCCUUCGCACAGCGCUAGUACUCGUGCAACCCUGCAACCUGGCUCCGAUACCCUGGGCCGCGAGUCUCCCCUAUGGGUACUUCUGAAGGCCUACUCGGCGGCCAGCGGUCACGACAAUGUUCCGCCCGUCCAGCUCCCUGCUGCGCUACUGCCAGAAUCGGUCUCUGGCGACCGCCUGACAAACCGCCUUUCCUUCCAGCUUCACCAUGUCCUUGCCGCUGUCAUCGGUCAGACCGAGGCUAUCAAGAUCGACCAGACUCAGACCGAUCACCUGGUUUGGGACUAUGCUUCUGAGUUGCUCGCCAGCGGAGAGCUUGCUCCGGCACUCUUCGUCCUCCUCCACCUCUCGCCGACCGAAAGCCGUAAGCGCGCCGUCCAAGAUGCCCUCGGCCGCUUCGGCGCCGUCCUCCCCAACCCUACUACCGAUGAUGGAUCGACUGCCGACCCCGCCUGGCUGGACCUGACCACCGAACUCCAGCUCCCCGAGGCCUGGAUCUGGGUGGCCAAGGCUCUGCACGCUCGCGACAACGGCGACCCCACUCGCGAAGUCGACUGUCUCAUCCGCGGCAAGCACUGGAAUGACGCCCAUUCUACAUUCUGUAGCGUCGUCGGCCCUACUGCCGUUAUUUCCCGCGACUACCAAACCCUCGAGCGGCUGGUGUCCGGCUUCGGUGACGGUCCCGAGCGCAAGAUGCGCGGCUGGGCUGCUGGCGGUGGUAUCUACGAAGACUUUCUGCGCCUGGCUACCGCGCCCCGAGGCCGGCGCGACCCAACUCGUUUGAGCCGCCUGGUCAAUGCCCUCGUAGACAUGGGCGAGCGUACUCGCAAUGUAAAGAGCAUGAGUGGACUGGAGGAGAGCGUGGCAUUCAAGGAGAUGAGCCGCGCUGUGGCUGGAUGGAUUACCCACGAGGACGUUCAGUCCGUCGAAUCCUCUGCUGUUCUCGGUCUCCCCCUGAACGGCGAUGCGCGCGUCCUACAGACGGUGGAGAUGAGCCGCCGCUACUACGGCAUUAUCAUGGCGGGCGGCUACUAG